AUGUCAACAUCCCCGGAACCGGGUCCAAUGAAUGGACACGCCUCACCCGAUCGAGAUAACUUCAAUUCUGCGAACGACAACCGGAGUGAAAGCGACUUGUCAGAGGCCCAGCCUGCCGCGGCUGGUGUCCCGUCGCCAGACUCCGCUGAUGCUGUCGGCUCGCGGGAUGAGGGGCCUGAGUUAGGUCAGGGAGAGUCUUCUGACUCGAGCGACAAUGACGCGCCGGAUGACGGGGACUUUGAUGCUGCAGGCAGUCCCGGCUCUGUGCAGAGCAAUGUCGAUGGAGACCACACCGCGUCAGCGUCAGCCCGGCCUGCCCCCAAGCGCAAAGCUGCUCAGGCCAUAGAGGAUGAGUUUAUGCGGGACAACCCUGAGCUAUACGGUUUGAGGCGAAGCUCCCGUCCUACCCAGCGUCGGAAAAUUGUUGAGUCGGAAGAUGAAGAGGCAUCUGAGUCUGAUGCCACUCCUGCUCCUCGAAAGGUUGUCAAACGCCGUCGGGUGGAGCGCUCGCUGCCGACCUCCAAGCGAGGGACUCCCGCUCGCCAGACGUCCGCUGACGAUUCCGAUUCCGAUACAUACGGCGGCGCGAAAGCCCGCAGCUUCCAGAAAAAGGCCCGACGACAGCAAGAGUUACAGCCGGCACUGGCCUUAGCUGAAAAGCGAUGGUCCAGCCGUCGUGCCGCUCAGGUCUCAGUCGGUGCUUAUCAGGAAAGCGAAGGGGAAGAGGAAGCCGAGGAUGAAGUGACUCCGAACUACUGGGCCGCCGAUGCCGAAGACAACUCGCCUUACAUCGAGAAAAUCCUCCGUCACCGCCCCAAAGAGGGCGUAGAACUCACGCCCGACGCCACCCGGCACGACUUUGAAUACUACAUCAAGUGGCAGGGGAAAUCCCAUCUUCACAAUACCUGGGAGACCACCGAGACUGUCGCCGGAUACCGCGGGUUCCGACGCCUCGAGAAUUACUACAAAAGGGUCGUUGAGUACGAGCUUGAUCUGCAGUUUGGGGGUGAUGAGAUCACCCCUGAGCAGCGGGAGCAAUGGCUGCUGGAUAGGGAACGUGAGGAAGAGGCCCUGGAGGACUUCACAAAAGUCGAGCGUGUCGUCGCUGUCCGGGAAGGUGACGAUGGCCCCGAAUACUUUGUCAAGUGGAAAGGGCUUCAGUAUGACGAGUGCACCUGGGAAGCCGCCUCCGUGGUCAGCAGCCAUGCCCAGGACAAGAUCGACCAGUUCAUUGACCGGUCGUCGCGCUCCUGGCAAUCGGAUAAGAAACAGAGCAACCCCGAUACGCGGUCGAGGAUGGUACUAAUGGAUAAGCAACCGCCCUACAUCCAAGGCGGCGAGCUGCGCGAGUUUCAGAUGAAGGGACUCAACUUCCUUGCGCUCAAUUGGACACGCAGUAAUAACGUCAUCCUAGCUGAUGAGAUGGGUCUUGGUAAGACGGUACAGACAGUUUCGUUCCUCAGCUGGCUCCGUAACGAUCGGGGCCAAGAAGGACCGUUCCUCGUUGUUGCACCGCUCAGUGUCAUCCCUGCCUGGUGCGAUACCUUUAAUCACUGGGCUCCGGACCUCAACUAUGUUGUAUAUCUCGGCCCUGAACCGGCACGAGCCAACAUCCGAGAGUACGAGCUUUUUGUCGAUGGCAAUCCCAAGAAGACCAAGUUUAAUGUCCUCGUCACGUCAUACGACUAUAUCCUCGCCGACGCGGACCAUCUCAAGGGCAUCAAGUGGCAGGUUCUCGCAGUUGACGAAGCCCACCGUUUGAAGAACCGCGAGUCGCAACUGUAUGCGAAGCUAAACAAUUUUGGCGUCCCUUGCAAGGUUCUCAUUACCGGCACACCUAUCCAAAAUAACCUUGCUGAACUCUCUGCCCUUCUGGAUUUCCUAAACCCUGGGAAAGUCCGGAUUGAUGAGGAACUCGAGUUGCUCUCGACAGCAGAUAACAAAGACGUCAUUGAUGAAGAGCAAGACGAGGCGAAGAGGCUCAAGACUCAACAAAAGCUUCGAGAACUACAUAGCGCUAUCGCUCCCUUCAUCCUGCGUCGAACCAAGGAGACGGUCGAGUCGGACCUCCCUCCCAAGACCGAGAAAAUCAUCCGUGUUGAGUUGUCCGAUGUCCAACUUGAAUACUACAAGAAUAUCCUCACACGCAACUACGCUGCCCUCAGCGACGCUAGCAAUGGCCAUAAACAGUCAUUACUCAAUAUCAUGAUGGAGCUGAAGAAGGUCAGCAACCAUCCGUACAUGUUUCAAGGCGCCGAAGAGCGAGUGCUUGGCGGUAGCACCCGCCGGGAAGACCAAAUCAAGGGCCUCAUCACGAGCAGUGGUAAGAUGAUGCUCCUCGACCAGCUUCUUGCCAAGUUGAAAAAGGACGGCCAUCGUGUCCUUAUCUUCAGCCAGAUGGUUAAAAUGCUUGACAUCUUGGGUGAUUACCUCCGUGUCCGCGGCUAUCAAUUUCAGCGGCUUGACGGCACAAUCCCGGCCGGGCCCCGCCGCAUGGCAAUCAACCACUUCAACGCCGAAGACAGCGAUGACUUUUGCUUCUUGCUGUCAACCAGGGCCGGUGGUCUCGGCAUCAACCUCAUGACCGCUGACACGGUUAUCAUCUACGACUCGGAUUGGAACCCGCAAGCGGACCUGCAAGCCAUGGCGCGAGCUCACCGAAUCGGCCAAAAGAAGCCGGUCAAUGUCUACCGGCUGGUCGCAAAGCAGACCAUCGAGGAAGAAGUGGUCAAGCGCGCCCGCAACAAGCUCUUCCUCGAGUAUCUCACCAUCCAAGCUGGCGUCACGGACGAAGGCAAAGCCCUCCGUGAACAGUUCAAGGAGCGUGGCCUCAAAAUUGACGAGGCCAAGACCGCCGAGGAUAUCUCAAUGAUCUUGAAGAUGCGCUCUCAGAAUCUGUUUGAGCAGUCGGGCAACCAGGAGAAACUGGAGCAACUCGACAUCGACGCGAUUCUCGAGAAUGCCGAGGUCACAAAGACGGAUGUCAAUGACAAGAUUAAUCUGAGUAGUGGCGGUAUUGAUUGGGAUAACUGGAUGCAAGUCACUGAUGUCAAAGUCGAUGAUCUGGCCCUCGAUUGGGACCAGAUUAUCCCCGCUGACCAGCUCGCUGCCAUCAAGGCUGAAGAAGAAAAGAAGAAGCACGAGGCUUAUUUGGCCAAAGCCAUGGAAGAGAAUGCCCCUCGCAAGGCUGCAUUGAAGGGUGCCAAGAAGAAUGCGGAAACCGACCGAGCCGAGCGCCUCGCUAAGAAAAGGCAACGAGAGAAACAGGAACAGGAAGAAAUGGAGGAGCAACGAGCAUUGCUUUCGGAUCCUCGACGGCCUCUUAAUGAGAAGGAGACACGAAACCUCAUCCGUGCCUUCUUCCGCUAUGGUUCUCUGGAAGAUCGCGAGGAAGAAGUGGUUCAGGACGCUCGUCUGAGCGAUCGAGACCGCGACUUUCUAAAGUCGAUCAUCGACGAUCUGAUCGCGGUGAGCCGGCAAGCGGUUGAAGCCAACAACGAAAGACUCCGCGAAGAAGAGGAGAGGGCGGGCAAACCGCUUGCAAAAAAGGACAAGAAAGCCGUACUGGUAGAUUUUGGCGAGGUUCGAAAAGUCAACGCUGAGACCGUCGUCGAGCGACCGCCUCAACUAAAGCUCCUACGCAAAGUGCUCCGAGAGCACGGAGAUCUCUUGUCGUUCAGGCUGCCAGACGCUACCAAAGCCGCACAGUAUUCUUGCGAAUGGGGGGCGAGAGAGGAUGGCAUGCUGCUGGUUGGCAUCGACAAGUAUGGCUUUGGCGCCUGGGCACAGAUCAGGGAUGACCCCGAGCUCCAGAUGCAUGACAAGUUCUUUUUGGAAGAACACCGUGUUGACAAGAAAGAAGAGCGCCGGAGGGCUGACGAUAAGGCCAUCCAAUCUCCCGGCGCCGUGCAUCUCGUGCGGCGGUCUGAGUACCUUCUCUCGGUCCUUUUGGCCAAGUAUUCGAAUGAUGAGAACGCCAAAAAGGCCGUGGAGAAUCAUCAUCGUAGCAAGAAGCUCUUGACAAACGGCGCACGCCGUGGCGAGCCAAAUUCUGUUUCAGCCUCACCAGCGCCGCCGGUGUCCAAGAAACCUAGUCAACACCGCGACCGUGACCACCACAGGUCGUACAGCAAUGCGAAUGAUCGUGGCACACCAAGACCUGACAAGCGCAAAUAUAACGACGACUACGAUGACCGCAACUCCAAGCACCGGCGCGUAGAGUCUGAUGGGAAACACGACAAGAAGUCCAAGGACAAGGACAAACCCAAGAUGGACCCAGAGACCAUGGAGCGAUACAAGCGGGAAAGACAAAAGGCGGUCGAGCGCUUCCACGAACUCGCAAAGCUGCGCGACGAUGAGAUUGAUAGCUCGGACAACGCGCAGCUUGUCUGGUCUAUCCUCCGGCCUCUGAAGCCGAACAUGGAGCGCAUCAUGUAUUCGAAGGAGCGAGUCCCUGCCGCGAAGGAACGCGCCAAGAUCCUGGGCGAGGAGAUUCGUGCCUUUGGAAACUACUUGAAAGGCCUGCGAGCGCAGAACGCAGCCGACCUUGAGAGCCUGGAACCACAGUUUUGGGAGUUCCUGUCUUCCAUCUGGCCCAUUGGCGACGUUAAGGUGUCGGGAAAGCGGCUGCAGCGAAUGUUUGGGGACCUGUUGGAGAAGGACAGGGCCAAGCGGGAAGAGGAAAGGGCCAACGAGCUUAGGCGGCUGAGAAAUCCUGACCUCGAAGACGGCGAGAUUGCGAGCGACCGAGAGGACCGCCGCGCCCCGCUACGGGACCCGUACCGCGAUGACCGCCGCGAGGAGCGGAGGGAGGAGAGGCGCGAGGAACCCAAGCGGCGCAACUAUUAUGAAGACGGUGACCGCCUCAAUUUCUACCGCCACCGCAGGCCUGGCGGGGGGAGCGGCGGCGGCGGAGGAGGCGCUGGUGGUGGUAGCGGCCUUACUGAUAGGGGUGUUCCCCUCCGCCAUUCAUCGUGGCAGAGCCGUAGCCCCCCGGCAAGACACAGUCCCUACUAG